UAAUUAAUAAUGGAAAAGAUUUAUGGAAUUCUGGUUCUACAUUUUUCCAGCCGAACACGAAUAAAAAAGAAACAAUGAAGACGAGUUUCUAUGUUUCUCUGACCGGAUGGCAGCAUCAGUGGGUGAAGUAAAAGUGGAAGAAGUGAUGGAGCUUUUGGAAGCGACUCAGCCGGUGAACGCCUCCAAUGACAGCUUCGUUUCUCUCCUACCUGACAGCGCGGAGAGCCUCGCCUAUCAGAUCUCUCUGGCGGCCGUCCUGUCGGUCAUCACGCUCGCCACCACGCUCUCCAACGCCUUCGUCAUUGCAACCAUUUCCCAAUCGAAGAAGCUGCAAACUCCGGCGAACUUUCUGAUCGCGUCCCUGGCGGUCACCGACCUCCUGGUGUCCAUCCUGGUGAUGCCCAUCUGCGUCCUGUACACGGUCAUCCACACCUGGACGCUCGGCCAGAUCGUCUGCGACAUCUGGCUCUCCUCCGACAUAACCUGCUGCACCGCGUCCAUCCUGCAUCUGUGCGUAAUUGCGCUGGAUCGGUACUGGGCCAUCACGGAUGCGGUGGAGUACUCCAAAAAGCGCACGCCGGGACGCGCGGCCGGGAUGGUGGCCACCGCCUGGGUCAUCGCCAUCUCCAUCUCCCUGCCGCCUCUCUUCUGGAGGCAGGUGAAGGCGGAGGAGCUGACCAGCUGCAGCGUCAACACGGACCACAUCUUUUACACCAUCUACUCCACCUUCGGGGCGUUUUACAUCCCCACCCUGCUGCUCAUCGUGCUGUACUGGAGGAUUUACUUGGAGGCCCGGAAGCGCAUUCUGAGACAGUCUCCAAAAAAGGUCGGGAAGAGACUGACCUCUGCGCACCUGGUCACUAACUCUCCCGGAUCCGUGGCGUCCACGACUUCGCUGCAGUACGCGAGGCACGACACUCCGUCCAGCGACACCGGGUCGUCGACCAGCGAGAACCAGGUGAAAGUCACGGUGUCCGACGCGCUUUUGGAGAAAAAGCGCAUCUCCGCGGCCAGGGAAAGAAAAGCGACCAAGACUCUGGGGAUCAUCCUCGGUGCGUACAUCGUCUGCUGGCUUCCGUUUUUCAUUUACACGCUGCUGGUGGCCACAUGUGAGACAUGUUUGAACCCCGAGCUGUUCGACUUCUUCACCUGGCUGGGAUACCUGAACUCUCUGAUUAACCCCAUCAUUUACACCAUGUCCAACGAGGAUUUCAAGAAGGCUUUCCAAAAACUAGUGCGCUUCAGAUGCUGCAGGUCCUGAACUGAUCCUCCAAAUUAAAGUUUGUUUUGUAUAUGUAUAAAAAGCAAAAAAAAACCAAAAUCUUGCCAUUUCGUCCUUAACUGUUUCCAUUUCAUACCUGUAAACUGACUUGACAUGACGGAUACGUUUAUGGAGUAAUUCAAUAUUUUGAUGAUUCAUGGAGAUAACACGUCAUUCAAAAAAGCUUCAAGUAAUUCAAUAAAUUCUAUUGGGCCAAUUCAAUUCUAUUUAUUUUGAUUAUUUGCUGGUUAUUUCACCAUUUUGCCAUUUCAGACCUCAAUUGUUUUCUUUCUGGUACAGAAUUUCUUGUCUUUUUUUGUUAUUUAUUAUUGUGUAAUGUAUGGAAAUGCAUGAAUCCAGUGAAAACAUCUACAAGCCGGAAGUCACUGGAGGUCAUAAGGGGUCAUGAUCUGUUUUACUUUAUUUAAAAUAUUGAGAAUAGCAAGAAAGAAGAUUAGGUUGCACUAAAAAAAGAAAUCAGAUUUUCUUCUUAAAAUUUUAACUUUUCUCAGCAUUUAGAUGUCAAAUUUGGACCUUAACUCAGAAUUCUUAGUUUAAUUUAAAAGAUUUGACUUUAAUCUAAAGAUUUAGACUUUUUUUCCUCAGAAUUUUGAUUUUCUUUCUCAGAAUUCUAACUUUUUUUCUCAGAAUUUUGAACAUUUUCUCAGAAUUCUGAUACAGAAUUUUGACCUUGAUCUUAGAGUUCUGACUUUAACCUCAAAAUUUAGACUUUUUUUUGUGUCGUAAUUUUUGAUGAUUUUUCCUAGAAUUUUGACUUUUUUUCUCAGAAUUUUGAAAUUUUUCUCAGAAUUUUGAUAGAAUUCUGACCUUGAUCUCAGAGUUUGACUUAAGUCUCAGAAUUUUGACUUUAAUCUAAAAAUUUUGACUUUUUUCUCCAAAUUUUGGUGUGGAAUUUAGAAAUUCUUUGAACAGAAUUUUGACUUUUGGACUUUUUCUUGAGAAAAACUAUAAAAGUUCUGAGAUUUAAGUCAGAUUUUUUAUUCCAGUGGCCCUAAUCCUCUUCCGUAGAAUGGAGAAGAAUUGACAAGCGAUUAAUUUACAGAUGGAAUUUUGCCAUUUUUAUAACCUUUCAUCACUUUGAAUAAUUAAAAUAAUAAACUAUAGCCAAGAAUAAACUCAUUCCCAGUGGUUUAGGAACGUGGAUAUGAAAUGGAAGAAGGAAAGGAGGAAAUGGAAACAGGCGGCUACAUUAUGAGGGAAGGGAUUGGAAAAAAUGACACAUUAUGACCCCUAUGAAACCUCCUGCUACCUUUAUUGGAGUCAUAUUAUCAUAUUUCCACAACACAUGUGUGCAACAUAAAAUAAUUAUUUUGUGGUUUGUGGAUGAAAAUGUGCAGCACAUAUCCAAGACUAGAAAAAGGAUGAAAUGGCAAAGGAGCCACUUUGCUAUUUAUGACCUUGUACAGGUUUAGUUACAAGAGGAAUGGAUAUAAAAUGUGAAUCACAAAGAGCAAAAAAGAAUCUUUAUAAUUUACAGCCGUUUAAUAAAAUGUAGGAUAAUCUAUUUUGAUCUAUCAUGAAUUUGAGCAAAUUUUAAAGAAGAAAAUGGAACUGAAAGUUGCUUUUAUGUGUAGAAAUGAGUCACUAUUUUCACAGUCUGUGUGUGAAUAUGGAUCAGAAGGGAUGAUGAUGAUGAUGAUGAUGAUGAAUAUUAUGAAUAUAACAGUUUCUUCUGAUUAUCAGCCCAGAUCAGGAAUAUUCUGUGAUUUCUGCGUUUUUUGGCUCAAUCAGAAACAUUUAUUUUAAUGAAAUGUUCAAACAAAGAUCUGUCAGGAAACGCAUCAAUCAUUCUGUUCCUCCGCACUAACAGGAUUCAUUAGGUCAUGUGAUCAUUUAUUUUUUUUAAAUUGUGUUUUAAAAAAUAGUGAGAACUCUGAUGUUAUUUAUUUAUCAAUCUCAUCAAGGUGCAUACAUGUACAUGCUGUUGAUGCUGGAUGAACAUUUUAUUUCACAUAUUGACCAUUGAUUGGAUAAACCAACAAGGAAAACUGGUCGAUUUUGGUCUUUUUCAGAUUGAUUGAUGCCUUUUCUGUGUUUUUUUGGCUCAAUGAAACAGAUUUAUUUUAAUUAAAUGUUCUAGUAAUGCUCAGUGUCUCAAAAAAUGCAUAAAUCAACCCCGUUCCAGCUUUCCUCAAAAUCUGAUUAGCUGAUUUUGAUAUUUUUUUAAUUCGAGUAUAAUCCAAAACUGCCUACUUUCAUGCACCACAAAAUGUAUUGAUAACCUUUAAUACAGUUUAGUUAUCAAAUUCCACAAGGUGCAUAACAGUGCAUGCUGCUGAUUGAUGCUGAAUGAACAUUUUAUUUGAGAUAUUGACCAUCGAUUGGUGCUAAUUGCAGGAGAAACUGGUCCGUUUUGAUCUUUUUCAGAUUGGUUGAUGCCUUUUAAGCCUGAAAACAUCCUGUAAAUGUCAACGUUAAAGUAAUCCAAAGUUUACGUUUGUUUUGCUCACGAUCACAGCCUGUUUUUCUGCUCCACUCAAUGAUCAUCUGGUUAGAAAAUGGAGAAAAAUAACCGAACCAAAAGCCUGCAGGCUGCACCCUGCAGCAGGAAAACAUUCACAUAAAACCGAUGUCAAACAAAAAAACACUUCAUCUGAUAUUUGCCAAGCUGAGUGCCAUGAUGACUUCAAUUCUGCUGAACAAACAUCCCCCUGUUUUACUGAGCAUGUGUGAACCUGUAUGUAAAACCUUACAGCUGCAGAGUCCCACCUGAAGGGAAGUGCAAUAGAAAAAACUAUUUCUCUUUAUUCAAAAACUAAAUAUUGUGGUGUAAAUUUGUGAAAUAAAAGCUUUUUAAUGUCUGUAAAUGAGAGCUUACUGCCCUCAGAAUAAUAAAAAUGAUGGCAAAAAUCAUAUUAA